AUGCGCCAUCGGACUAAUCCGGAGAACCCAAUCACCGAUUCCAUCUUCGUCGCCGAUAACACCACCACCUUCUUGUCAUCUUACGUGUCCUACACGAAAAACAAGAGGUUCUUGAGCCCUAACUUCAAAAGCCUACUAGCCAUCGUGGCGGCAAAACAUGUAUCUCAUGUUCAGGCCACGGUGGUGUGCGCAAAGUCCAACGGUAUCCAGAUCCGUAUCCGAAGUGGCGGCCAUGACUACGAGGGCCUUUCUUACAUGUCGUCUGUGCCAUUUGUAAUUCUCGAUAUGUUCAAUCUUAGGUCUAUUACUGUUGACGUGUCGAGCAAGAAAGCUUGGGUUCAAGCUGGUGCGACCUUGGGAGAGGUCUACACAAAGAUCACUGACGCGAGGAGCACGCUAGCGUUCCCGGCCGGAGUUUGCGCUACGGUAGGAGCUGGAGGACACAUCAGCGGUGGAGGGUACGGAAAUCUGAUGAGAAAAUACGGAAUCACAGUGGAUCAUGUCGUUGAUGCUCAAUUAGUUGAUGUCAACGGCAAGCUCUUGAAUCGAGCUACCAUGGGAGAGGAUCUCUUUUGGGCGAUUCGCGGCGGUGGUGGUGGGAGUUUCGGAGUUAUCCUCUCUUGGAAACUCAACCUCGUCGAGGUUCCAAAGAUCCUCACAGUGUUUAAGGUUAACAAAACAUUGGAACAAGGAGGCACUGAUGUUCUCUACAAGUGGCAGCUUGUAGCUACCCAAUUCCCUGAAACUCUUUUCAUCAGAGCAAUGCCUCAGGUCGUAAAUGGAACGAAACGUGGAGAGAGAACCAUCGCGGUUGUAUUCUAUGCUCAGUUCUUGGGUCGAACCGAUGAGCUGAUGGCGAUAAUGAACCAGAGCUUGCCUGAAUUAGGGCUAAAACGUGAAGAUUGUCAAGAAAUGAGCUGGCUUAACACGACGUUGUUUUGGGCCGAUUAUCCGGCCGGUACACCGACAAGCAUUCUUUUAGACAGACCAUCGAGCCCCGGAGAUUUUUUCAAGAGCAAAUCAGAUUACGUCAAGAAACCAAUUCCUAAGGAAGGAAUGGAGAAGCUUUGGAAAAGAAUGCUGAAAUUCAACAAUGUUGUGUGGAUGCAAUGGAACCCUUACGGUGGCGUGAUGGACCGAAUUCCGUCGACCGCCACGGCGUUUCCUCACCGGAAAGGAAACUUGUUCAAGAUUCAAUACUUUACGACAUGGUUGGACGCAAACGCCACAGAGACUAGUCUGAAUAUGAUGAGGGAGUUUUAUAAAAUUGCGGAACCGUACGUCUCAAGUAACCCGAGAGAGGCGUUCUUUAAUUACAGAGACAUUGAUGUUGGAAGCAAUCCGAGUGGUGAGACAAACGUUGAUGAAGCUAAGAUCUAUGGAUCAAAGUAUUUCUUGGGAAAUUUGAAAAGAUUGAUGGAAGUUAAAGCGAAGUAUGAUCCUGAAAAUUUCUUCAAGAAUGAGCAGAGUAUUCCUCCUGCUCGUGUAAUGUAG